AUGCUGUCGAGCGACCUAGCCUCAGGCACAGCGACAAGGGACGACGAGAGGCUGCUACGCUUCGAAGAGGUCCCGAGCUACGACGAGUUCUACGAGCGGUGUCUGGUGCCGAAUCGACCGUGCAUCCUACCCGCUAGUCUGGUUGCGCAUUGGGAUGUGGUCCGGUCCAAUAGCUGGCACGCAACCUCCUCGCCUACAUCCGAUUCGCAGGUGGACUUUGAGGCUUUGAAACACGACUAUGGUACGCACGUCUCGCCGGUCGUCAUCAGCCGGAUCAAUGCCGAGGGGCAAACUGAAGAAGCUCGGACGGAUAUGACCAUCGCGGACGCUGUCGAUCUCAUUCUUCAAUUCCGAAGAGGUAACAACACAGACGGCGUUCAGUCGAUCUACGUCAAGGACUGGCACCUCAUCAAGCAGCUGUCUCCAGCUCAGCUAAAGGACACACCCCCAUACACUGUGCCGGGCAUCUUCGCGGAUGACUGGAUGAACAAUCUCGCUACGGAUGACGAGGGCGUGACGGACAAAGACGAUUUCCGCUUCGUAUACGCCGGUACGCGUGGUUCGCAAACGCUGCUGCAUCGCGACGUGUACACCUCGUAUUCGUGGAGCACCAACGUCGUCGGCUGCAAGACGUGGUACCUCUUCCCACCGCACACGAUCCCAUCACUGCGCCGAUUCCCCGCAGUCUCCACGUCCCCCCUUGUGACCGACGUUGCCACCCUCCUCUCCCUGGUCUCUGACAAAGAAAGGAAAGAGUAUCCACAACUCCAAAUUGCCCUCUCACACAUGCAAACAAUCACCCAACACGCACACGAAACCGUGUUCAUCCCCUCCAACUGGUUCCACCAAGUCACCAACCUCACUGACUGCAUCUCGAUCAACCGCAACUGGUGCAACGCGGUCAACCUCCCGUCGUUGUACCACUCGAUCGUCGACGAGCUGCAACACGUCGAGAACUCGCUCUGCGAUGUGAGGGACAUGCUCUCCGCCAGUGGCGAGGGCGAGGGGUGGAAGCGCGAGUUUUACGCGGUGGUUCAGGACGUCGCGGUUCAGGACGCCGGUUGGGCUUGGGCCGGGUUCUGGGAGAUGAUCUUGCACAACCUCACCCACCCGGCAACCAAGGCCGAGUUGAAGCCAGCAGAUGCCUGGGUAAGGGAAAGGCUGCUCCCGUUGGUGAGAGACUUUGAACGGCGGGAGGAUGCCAAGUGGCUGGAUGAAGGGAUACGACAGACCGCGGAGAAGUGUCGCAGGCUUCUAGAGGCUCAAAGAUGA